AUGCUUAAGGGUGUGGACGUGUUGAGUAACCGAGGCAGCGCAGGUCAUGACCUGGUUCACCUGCUGCACACCAACACACUGCUGCCUCAGGCAUGUUGCUGUGCCUGCUUGUUUGUGCUGAUUCUGCUGUUGAAACUCUUUGCUCAGGUGAUCUCAUGCUUCGGUUUGGCUGCAGUGUCCCGCCUCUACGUGGGCUUCGCUCUGGUGUCUCUGCUGGUGGAGAUCAACUCUGUUUUCCUUCACACCAGGCAGCUGCUCCUCCUGUCAGGACGGAGGAACAGACCGGGACCUGAAGUCGCAUCUCCUCGUCCCUCUCUUGCCUUCAGCGUUGUCAGCUGGCUCAACCUGGGAACGUUUUUGGUGUUUCGUUUCUGCACUCUGGGCUGGAUGGCCUGCUGGCUGGCAGGUCAAAGUGAAGGUUUACCUCAUUACGUCCUGAUGAUGGGGACAGCCGGCCUUAGCCUGAUGUCCAUCAUGAAUGUCGUGUUGUUUUACAGACUGCUCAGAGCAGAUGUCCUCGGGAACACAAACAAAUCCAGCAAAAGCCACUAGAGAGAGCCAAGUCAAAGAUGAUUUUAAGAAAGAAACACAGGUAUCAUGUAGAAAUCCUGUGUUGUUUGCUGCAACAGAAACAUGUCUAUUCUGAUAACUGUAAUAGUCAACUUGUGACUCCUUUUCUAUUUUUAUCUUCCAAAGCUGAAACUGCACAUAUAGUGUUUUUUAAAUUUUUUUACAUUUUUUAUUGCAACAUAGAAUAAGUUAUUCACGGAAGGGACCUCAUUAUAUAGAAGUAUUCAUUCAUGUAGUGUUGUUCUGAAGAUGUCUCCUAAGUAAUGGAAUUGCACAUGUAUUAACUCACUGUCUAAUGUAUCAGAAUAGCUGUUUGGGAGGCAAAAUGGCUCAGGAUUUGUUUUUUGUUUUGUUUUUUAAUUUUUUAAAAAUCCUAUAAUGUAAACAUCACUUUUU